UAUCACUAUUACCCGCUUUCAUUCAUCUUUUCUCUCUUUCUUCCUCCGCUCCCGGCGACUAAAAGCAGCAGACAACCGUUGCUCCGCCGAGUCACCGUCAUCUUAAACUCAAACCGAGUUAACACAGAGUUAGUCUCAACUCCAAAACCAAACAUCAACACCUUCUCCAAUGGAAGGGCUAAAGGUUUCAGAAGCUAGCUUAAUAGUUCACAUUCAUCCUUCUAAAAGCAAUCAAGUUUCAAAAGCAGUUCUUCGUGAACUCAGCACUAUGCUUUUCACGUUCGACGAGAUCUUCGACGGCGUCGUUUUGGCUUACGAUGUUAACUCCUUCGACAAUUGCGCCAAGAUUCUUCCUGGAAUUUUUCCUUAUUUCGGUGUUAAUUUGAAGGUUAAUCUGUUGCUUUUUUCUCCCAAGCCAGAUAUGCUUUUAGAAGGAAAGGUAGUGAAAGUUACACAUGAGUCUAUUCAUGUUGUUGUGCUUGGAUUUGCUUCGGCGAUUAUAACUGAGAAAGAUAUCAGGGCAGAGUUUGUGUACAAAACGAAACACGGGCAAGAAGUGUAUGCGAGCAACUCUCACAAGCGACAUGUGAUAAAGGUUGGAACCACGAUACGGUUUUUGGUUAAGAGCUUUGAUGAGGAAAUGCUACAUGUUUAUGGAUCUCUAGUUCCAGAUAAUACAGGAAGCAUACAUUGGUUGGAUAAGAACUCGGAAGUUGUUUCCCACUCUGACAGGAGCAUAAAAAAGAGAGAUAAUGAGGGACAGCCAUUAAUGUCAGAUAAAGAUGCUUUAGAUGUGGAACCAUUAACUGUUUACCCUGCUCAAAAACUAAAGAAGUCGAAGAAGCAGAAAGUCAAAGAAGAAUCUUAAAUGCAGCUUAUAUUCACAGAUUAGCUAAGUCUAUGGAUGGGAAGAGUUUGGACUCACCAAUUUUUGAUAAUAUUACUUUUAUUCAAGGACACAUUCAAUAGGGAAAACAAUUGGCAUGCCAUUACUGAUGGGAUUCGCUUCUGCCUUGGGAAUGCCUGUGCUGUUUGUAUCAAUUAGAUCACACUCUUUUCACAAUUUGUAUGAUGGUAAUUUGAGGAACCUUGCUUCUAGUUUAAACAUUGAAUUUAGAAGUCCUCGUACAGUUUAUUAUUAUUAUUUUUAUUAAAGAAAAUUUUUGGGUACCAUCUUUUUCUGUUUGUAACUGCAUGAAUCAUUGAAUUCGUUUUGAAGUGGGAGGUAAAGAUUGUACACUAGCUCCUAAAUCAGAAAGUAUGACAAGAGUGGUGUAGUGAGUUAGUGUGAUUAGGUUUAUCAUUUUUCUUGGUUUGA